CAAGCAAAUCUCACCCCCCUCUUCCUAUAAGAAAAUCCAAAUCACCGGAUCGCAAUCUAAUUUAGAUUUUGAUCCUUUGAGAUGGAGAAGAUACAAGCAUUGACAUCACAAAAUGGAGUUGUGAUUUUCACCAAGAGCACAUGUUGCUUGUGUUAUGCUGUCACCAUUCUCUUCCAAGAACUUAGGGUGAACCCUAUAGUUUAUGAAAUCGACCAACAUCCUGAAGGAAGGGAGAUGGAGAAGUCACUUCCUAAACAAGGGUGUAACACUGUGCCGGCUGUGUUCAUAGGUGGCAAGCUUGUCGGGUCCACCAACGAGGUCAUGUCCCUCCACCUAAGCGGCUCGCUCAUUCCACUGCUGAAACCAUAUCAGUCACUAUCUUAAAUGAACUCGGGUGUACAAUUUAUCUAAGGAAAUAAGGUUGGCUCCAGCCUGAUGAGCAGUGGUCAGCUAGAUGAUUAAUUCUUACUAGUAUUAAAAAUAUCUUUUUAUUAGCUUCAGCUUCUACUAAGCAAGAUUGGCUUGUUAGGUUACUAUGAUUAUUAUUACAAUUUUAGACUGAAUGUAGCUUAUUUAUUCUAUCAACAUGUGUUUCUUGAAAACACAUGGCUAUGCUUCAGAUGAAUGUAAUUAUGAUCUAUUAAAAACUUGCACGUG